AUGCGUCUGCGUCUGGGUCAGCGCUGGUCCGAGGAGAGGACGCUAUUGGUUAUUUUAGGGCAGGAGGGGGAGGAGCUUUUCCAGCUGAAGGUGGGGCCGCAGCUCCUCACUGUCGUCAGUGUUUGGGAGCAACACUAUGAGUUUCCUGCCGCUACUCUGUGGGAUGGACUGUGGCACAGCCUCUCCCUGUCCAUCUCCCUGUCCAGACUGAAGCUGUACCUGGACUGCUGUCUGCAGGAGAGCACCCCCUGGCGACAUGGCUUGGGGCAGCAGAUCGACACACUGGGCCUGACGCUGCUGGGAGGAGCUUCACGUCCUCACCACACACCCUUUACCGGCACCAUCCAGCAGAUGAUCUUUGUCUUGGGAGAUCCCACAGCAGCUGAACAGCACUGUCAUGAUUACAGCAGCACAUGCUCAGCUCUGACAGACACACAGGAGGUCGGAGCUAUGGAUGAGGUGACCACUCAGCCUGGCGGUGGAGUGUCACCCAGACCUGGAAAUUCCUCUGAAGACACAACUCCAAGACUGGAUCCACUGAACAGCGCUUCCCUUCUGAGGUCACAUACCUCUACAGACACAGAGGAUGUAGACACCAAAGCUGUCGUGAAAACCCAGACUGGCAUGGACACCCAGACUACAGGCUCAUCCAACAGAGGAAAAGACAAACUAAAGACUGUGAGUAAGGAAACACUUCACGGUGGAGCUAAGGAACCGCAGCCUCUCUCUCUGACUGGACGUGAGCAGAUUUCUAAUUCACACUCUGACGUAGCAGGGACAGUGAAGGAACUACAAGGAACAGAAGGGAGUAUUACAGCCAGGACUGAUUCUGUCCACACACCAGGACAAGUUCAUCAUCCGUCUGACGCAGCUGAGGAGGACUCCACAAGUGGUGGCAAAUCUGUCUUGGAAAGCGUUGAGACAGCCAUUUCAAGUCCAAACAUUCAACCUGAGAACCCCACAGCUCCAGGUGUUACAUCAGAAUCCACAAGGGGAGAUGCAGAAACUGCAAGUACAGAAAAAACUCUCUCUAAUGGGCCACAGAUUUCUGAGUUUGCUACCACAUCUGCUCUCAUCUCAGGCUCCACCACAGAAUCAGGGUUUGUUUCCUCAAGCGUGUACCCUUCUUCUGAGGGAGGAGUAAGGGAGGCAGGACAUCAGGCAUCACCAGCAGUGGUUAUACCUCCAGUUUCAGUAGAUGGUAGAUCGUCCCUUAAAGUCUUUGGAGAAGCAGAAGAAGACACAUCUCUGGAGCGAGCAGUGACAGAGGACUCUGCUGCACCUCAGAAAGACCUAUCCCCAAACCUGACUGUUUUAACGCCCACACCACAAAGCAGAGAAGCAUUAAGUAACAGGGACAUCAUAGUUGAGAUGGAACUUCCUGGUGGAGAGGAGGGGAGUGGCAGAGAAACAGAUAAAGACGAGAUAGAUUUAGAGGUGGUGGAGGAUGUGGAAAGGGGCGCAGAGAUGGAAAAAGAAAAUUAUGAUAAUGACACUGACAUCUCUGAGGAAUAUAGUCUGUCUUCAUUUGAUUGGACCUCUCAGUUCAGCAGUGAAGACUCUGUAGUCCAAUCAGAGACUGAAUCUCUACAGCAGGCUGUAGCCAAUCAGCUGCCCACAUACACAGACAGACGUCAUGGGGCAGGACUAAGACCUGGGAUCAGAGGUCAAAUGGGAUUGCAGGGUCCACCUGGGCUAACAGGACCACCAGGACCUAAAGGAGACAAAGGCUAUCAAGGCGUUAUGGGCAGGACUGGGCGGACAGGAUACAGGGGCCCCAUUGGUCCUCCUGGGAUGCCUGCCAUUGUUGUAUUUAAAACCUCUGAGGAGGAGUGGGAGACGUUCAAGAAAAAUAAGAUCUACAAAAAGUUGGUGUCUUCCUGGCCAAAACUUAAAGGGCCUCCGGGGCCUCCUGGACCUCCUGGAGAUGAUGGACCAAUUGGGCCACCUGGAAUCACUGGGAAGCAAGGACCAAAAGGAGUUCAAGGGAAAAUUGUGGGUAUCUCUAUUUUAGUUGGAUCUGAUCAGAGUCGACAUUGA